CUCUCACCUACUGUAUCUUACAGCCCCUCACAGUUGUAACAGCCAAAAGUAACUGUAGUGAGUUCCUGACCUCUGAACAUUUGAGUCUUGAACUUUCACAGAUAGGAAUGGACCUCAGAUUACAAACAAAUCACAGAAGUAGUACAUGUGUCUGCCAGACAUUGUCACAGUUGUGAUGUUCUCCUGGAACAGAACUCAUUCCUAAGAGGACUUAACUUAAUACAGAAGUAUGCCAUGAAAAGCAAAAGUACCCUGAGUUAAGGGCCACUGCUCUCUAUAGGUAUAGCUCACCAUCCCACCAUGACAGAGUUAGAGGAAGAGUUGUGUUCUGGGCAUCAUCACCUAAGAAAUGUUACAUAUGGAAUCAGUUUGCAUGCGUUGUUUAGCCAGGUUUGUUAAAUGGUUAUCCAGAUGUGGCAAGUAAUGGCAAAUCACCACGGCACUGGGUUGAAGCAAUGUGUUCACCCAUAGGCUGUGCCCUGGGCUCUGUUAGGGUCUAUAAAACACGUGGUUCUGCUGGAGAUCCUGAGCAGCAUCUAAACCAAACUAAUUGGUUGAAGAAAGGGUGCACAGAGCUUUUCUGCUUCCUCUAUUGUGGACAUCACAUUGUAGAGCCCUGGGGUCUCCUGUGUACACUAGGGGAAAGUGAAGUAUACAGGAACUGAACCCAGGCAAAUGUGAUGGGAUAAGUGGGCUCCAAAAGUAACCUCAAACAGAUGUUGGAUAAGCAUGGUUCUCUUGGCCAAGAGAAUGGAGCUCAUCUAAGCACCUCGUUCUGAAGAAAGCCCAUGUCAGAGCUGACCUUAUGAUGGAUGCCCUAGAGGAAUAAGUUGAGGUUGGAAAGCGGGAGUGAGGCUCCAGCCAGUAAUGUGGCUGUAGAGCCCCUGAAUGUGAUGAGCUCUUAAUGCUUGGUUAUAUAAGGGCUGAAUUCAGUCCUCAAUGCCACAAAAAAUAGAGGAAAGAUUUAUGUGGCAUUUUAUACUUUAUAAAACGAUUUGUUGCUAGGGAUUAAACCCAGAGCCUCCAGCAUGCUAGGUACACUCUACCACUGGUCUAUGCCCUCAGUCCUUUUGACAUUUUGAUAACUCAAAUAUUACGUUGUCAUGAAAUCAACAGAAAGUGAUGUUCACUUCCCUCCCUUGUCCCCAAUGAUUAUCUAGUCUUUACCCUCAUGUCAUGGCAAAUUUCCAUAUCUACAAAACCAAGGGAUUUUGAGAGAAAGCAUGAAAUAUUUUUAGGUUACAUAUGCAAUAAAAGCUAUACAGAAAAUUUAAUAGGCCUGUGAUACAUUGGUUCUAGGUAUUUUAGUUUUUAGACUGAGACUUAUAAAAAGAUAGGCCAGCUAGAUAUAAUGGUAUAUGUCUAAAAUCCCACCACUUGGACUGAGGCAGGAAGAUUGAAAAUUCCAAGUUCAGUGAAGGCCCUUGGGUUCAAUCCUUAUGAAUAAAAGAUACAUCAUGAUCAGCAAGUUGAUACAGUCCUACAGAAACUAGACACCUGAAGAUCUUGUCCUUACCUGGGUGCUAGCUCUUCAUUUCUUUUAAACAAUUGUUUCAGACCUACUUUUAUUGCUAUUAUGUAUAUCAUAGCCAGAAUAUUUUUGUAAUGUCUAACAAACACUUGAAAGUUAUAUUUACUUAUUCAAAAGAUACUGGAUUCCUCACCUUUUUUGAGAGAGAGGGUCUUACUAUUUAGUUACCUUGAAUUUAUGUAAUCUAGGCUCAUCUUGAACUGGCAAUGCUGCCUCAGCCUCCCAAGUGUUGGGGUUACAGAUACACACUGCCAUCACACAGAUACUGUUUUAUCUCCCAAGAAUGUUUUCCCCCUCCCCCAUUCUAUAUUGCUCUGGGUGGCUUUCUACUCACAGUCUUCCUGCCUCAGCCUCCUGAGUAGCUGAGAUUAUACUAGGCUCCCUCCCCUAAUUUUAUUUUUGGAUGAUUCUUAACCAUCCUUCAGGUCUCAACUGAGAGAUUUUUCAUUUUUGGUACUGGGACUUGAACUCAGGACCUUGUGCUUGAAAAGCACACAAGCCUUGAGCUGUAUUGUUGGCCCUGUAUUAAAAUUUUUCAUUUCAAAACUACAUUUUUGAAAGCUUUUUUUUCUUUUGAUGUUUUGAGACAGUCUCCACAUAAUUUAGGGCGGUCUUAAACUCAUGGCCAUCCUCCUAAGUGCUAGGAUUACAGGUAUCCACCAUACCUGGCUCCAUUAAACUGAUGUUACAAGUCUCCCUACUAUCUAGGCCCCUUACCAGCACACAGUGGGUACUGAGCAGUUUUUCUUGUGCUUGAGGGAACAAAGUCAAAAUGUCACCUGAUACAGUCAGCAUUGAAUAGAUGGAAAUCAACCAUCCUGCAAAAUAAUCCACUUUAAUGGUUGGUAUGUAUUAAUAAACCAGUGAGGUAAGGAUACUCCAGGUCUCUAGUGACUGGUAUAUUGGUACAGGCUGGGAAUCUGCCAGAUAUAAAGACAGUGAUAAUGCAAAUUGUAACCUAAUUGCAAGAGAGGAUGCUAUACAAACAGGAAGGCCUUGUAUGCCUGAGUCUUGGAAAGAUUUUAGAUAAAGGAACACAGUUUCUGUGUGAUCAUCAUUGUUUUCUACAGCCCUUUGUAGUUUACAAAGCACCCCCUGUUGUUACCUCAGUGCAUCGCCAUGAGGACCCCACAGAGAUGACACUUAUUUGCCAUUUUACAGAUAAAAAUCCCCACCCUGGGGCUGGGGAUUUAGCUCAGCGGCAUAAGUGCCUACCUUGCAAGCAGGCAGUCGUGAGUUCGAUCCCCAGUACCGAUAAAAAAGGAAAAAGACCAAAAAAAAAUCCCCACCCCUUCCUCAAAGCCCACAGGAACAAGAUUAUGAACUCUGAAGUACCUGUAGGGCAGACACAUGGUACUCACAGUGACCUGGUAGUAAACCACCCACUUGUUCAUCUCAUUUCAUGCUCUUUCUAUCAGCUUUUGGAUUAGAAAUAGUUGACUCAGAAGACCCCAAGGUGGGUAGCCUGAUGGGAGAGCAGAUUAUUGUCAGUUGACUCCAUUCAACCAGCAUUUAUUUAUGAUUGAUUCCUCUUUAUUUUGGUACUGGUAAUCAAACUGAUGACCUCAUGCUUGCCAGGUAUGCACUUAUGCAGCUGAGCUAAAUCCUUAGCCCAAUCGAUUGAUGAUUAGGACAAGGUCUCAUUAGUUGAGGCUAGUCUUUCACUAUGUAGUCUAGGCUGGCCUAGAAUUUGUGGUGAUCUACCUUAGCAUCCUGUGUGCUUGAGAUUAUUCACAUGCACCACCACACUCAGCCAACAAGUGUUAACUGAACAAUGUCUAUAGCCCAGUAGAGUGCUAAGAGUUGGGGAUACAGAAGAAAAUAAAAUAUAGGGCUCCUAUCCGAACACAGUGACACAUGCCAGUGGUUCUAGCUACUCCAGAGACUGAGGCAGGAGGAUCAUUUGAGCACAGUCUGGGCAAAAUGAGACAUAUGUCUCAAAAAAAACCCAUGAACAUAGAACUCUUUCAAAUGAAUUAUAAUAAAGGGUGGUAGAUGCUUUGAGAAGGGAGGGAGAUAAGGCAUUUUUCAGGCCCAAAGAAGGGCUGUUUAGUUGGGCCUAGUGUGAUGCUUGCCUGAAAUCCCAGCACUCAGGGAGGCAGAAGAAGAUUGCAAUUUUGAGCCCAGGUUGAGCAGCAGUUUGUCUCAAAAACAAAACAAAGUAGCUGAAGUUGUAAUUCAGUGCAGUGACCCUGUGUUCAUCCCAGUGUGACAAAGGAAAAAAAAGGCCUAUGUCUACACUAGUGUGGAAGAAGGUAGGAAAAGGGUCUUAACAAGACAUAAAAAGGGUGGAGAGAUUAGAGAAUGAAGAGAAAGAUUUUCCAGGAAGAGAGCACAGAAUCAGCCUUAGGAGGAGUCUGUGUGGCAAGUAAAGAUGAGGGAAGAGGUGAGGUGAGGAUGGGGAGCCAUAAAGUCCAAAUUAAUAUGAAAACCUCAUGGUAAUAACUUCCAAUAUGGUAGACAUGUAAUUGCUAGUUUUACAUGUAAAAACUUUAUAAUUCAGUCCAUAAUUUUAUACAUUCACCUUACAUGUCAGUGAAAAAUAAACUACUAUGAAAGUAGAACAACUUAAAUCACAAAAGAAACAAAAAAUAGAAAAUAUUUCAUAACAUUCCAACUUUGAAAUUAAUUGCUUCCUUGAUGUCUUUACAUCUACUUCUCUGUACUUAUGUACAAUACAUUGUUUCCUUGGAUGAGUACAUCCCCAUACUUAUUCUUCAGUUGUUCAUUUACAUAUGCUUCUGUUUUAGGGCUAUAUUCAUACAGCUAAUCCAGGCAAGCCAGGACCCCUCAAUAGUCCACUCUUCAAUUUAAUUUAAACACAGCUGGCUGUCUGAUGAUUUAGUUUAAGAGGUCACGGGGUUUGCUUCCACAGAUUUCAUUUUUGUUGUUGGUUCCAGAGAUCAAACUCACAAUCUUGAGCUUGCCAGGCAGGCACUUGUACCACUGAGCUAAAUCCCCAGCCCCAGUAGAUUCAUUUUAACAAUCUUGGGAAGCAGGAAACUGAUUUCUAAUUCUAGCUGUGCUACUUAAUUAGCUGUGUGACUUGAACAACUUAUUUCACCUCUCAUGGCCCCAUCUCGCAGCUGGGACCCAGAACCCUACACCAGGCACCUCAUGAACCUGGCCUCUGUGGACCUAUUAAUGUAAUUAUGAAUCAUUAGUUGAUGGAAUCAGUGCUAGUUUUAAUGUGACUUUCUUGCAGUGCUAGGGAUGGAACCCAGGACCUUCCUUGUACAUGCUAGCCAGGUGAUCUACCACUGAACCUCACUAGCCCCAGGUCCUGAUAACUUAUGAUAACCAGAUCCAACUGACAACAAAUGAUUAAAGUAAAUGUAUAAGUGAAAAGGUUAGGCACAGUGGGGUGUGUGCUUAUAGUCACAGCAUGUAGGAGCAAGGAGCUUGAGGCCUGAGGCUCAUGAGAUCAAAGACAGCCUGGGCAACACAGUGAGAGCGUGCCUCAGAAAAGAAACAUAAGCACUGAUACAGUGGCACAUGCCUAUAAUCUGAACACUGGGAUGCUGAGGCAAAAAGCAUUGUACAUUUGAGUUUAAGAAGACUCCUGUCGGGGCUGGGGGUUUAGCUCAGUGGCAUAAGCACCUGUCUUGCAAGCAGGCGGUCGUGAGUUCAAUCCCCGGUACCAAUAAAAAUGAAAAAGACAAAAAAAAAAAAAAAAAGAAGACUCCUGUCUCAAAAAAGUAGGUCUGAGGAUCUGGGAUCUGGCUCUGUGUAAAGGCCCUGGGUCAACCCUUAGUCCAAAAAAAAAAGGCCAGGGCAUGGUGACACCUAUAAUCCCAGGGUUUGGGAGGCUGUGGAGGAUCACUGUGAGUUUGAGGCUAACCUGGGCUAUGUAGUGAGUUCAAGGCCAGCAUGAACUACAUAACCAGACCCUGUCUCAAGCCAAAAAUCAAAGUAGUUAGUACAGGGAAAACUAGAACUUGGGUGCCUUAUCCUUCGUAUUGUUUGGUACAGUCUUUACUUUGAAUCACAUGAUAAUGGAAAUGUAGCAUUAAGAAUGGGAUGGGAGGGGAUGGGGAUUUAGCUCAGUGACAUAAGCACCUGCCUUGCAAGCAGGCAGUCGUGAGUUCGAUCCCUGGUACUGAUAUGUGGGAAGCCGCCUAUGAUGGCGCCCAUUUCCUGCUUCCGGGUUCUUCCCGGCCUGAACAAGCCCGCCAAAUUGUCAUGUCUGCCCAGUUACCCGUGACGCUAGCCUAUCAGCUUGUUAGGCGCGCUUCUCUGUGAUUGGAUACUGCUUCCCCUUAUAAGAGGUUGUUCCUGCCCCCAAUGGGCGGAAGAGGAACCAACGUUGAGGGUGGCGGGCCUUGUCAGGUCCGGUUCGCUGUACGUAAUAAAGUUUGAGAGCUGAUCCUGCUCGAGUUUGGCCUCCUGUCUCCCGCGGUUCCGGUCAUCUGGUGGCCCCCGUACGGGGAAUAAAAGACUCAGCGACGUGCCUCUUCAGCCGGGAGGUGCGAUUGCUGUCGCCUGCGGUACGACGGAGGACCUGGCCCAAUAACAACGGAAGGCCGCGAGCACCUCUUCUCUUCACCCUGAUCAGCUACGUGAGAUACAGCGUUUCCCGGGACAGGUGAGUACUGGGUCACCUGGGUUGGGUGGACGCACCUAACAGAUUUUGAGUGCCACACGAGUGGACGCCGGUUUUUUUUUUCUUUUCUUUUCCCUUUGCAUCUGUUUUGCUUUCGCUUCGCUAAUACAGCCCGACAGGCUUUUGAUAGAGCUCGAUCGGAAUGCUCAGAGGAGCCCGGAGCCACUGCCGAUUGUGGGUCUCCGGAGGACCCUCAGGGCUCUAAUUCUGAUUCUGAUUCGGAAGGUUCAGAAGAGGAGGUUGUCUUCGCUAAACAGGACCCUCCUGCACAGCUUAAAGAGGAAUUCAGGGCUCGGGAAGAUAAAAAGGGGAACCAAACACCCACGAUCACCCCCUUCAGGGCGCCAGGCCCCACUAAGCCCUUCCGCCCUUUGGCAAGUUCGCGAAUUCAGGGCUCGGGAAGAUAGCACCGCCGUGGCCGGAAGAGGAGUUGCUCCCUGGGCUGCCACCACAACCUAUGGCACCGCCCUGGUUAGAGGGAGAGCUACUUCCUGGGUUGCCUUCUGCGCCCCCAUCUGGGGAGGGAGGAGGACGUUCCUUCCACCAGAGGGUAUGGUCGCGGCUUCCCUUUGAGUGUCCCGGUCUCCAUGCAUUCCCGGUACAAGUAGGAGGCAGGGGAGGAGGAGGAUAUUAUGAGCCCUUAGAAAUUAAACAACUUAAAGCUAUCAAGGACGCAGUUUCAGCUUAUGGGCCCAAUGUGCCAUUUACCAUGGCGCUUUUAGAGGCAUUGGCAGGUCUGCUUUUAACUCCUGGAGAUUGGACCCAGCUGGCACGCGCCUGCCUCUCCCCCGGACAAUAUUUAGAUUGGAAGUCCUGGAAUGAGGAAUUCUGUGUAGAGCAGGCGGCAGCCAACAGGGAAAAUAACCAGAGAGAGUGGAACAGGGAUAUGCUAUUAGGGCGAGGAGCCUUUGAGGAAGAUCAAACUCAAUACCCUCGCCAGGUUUAUGAACAAAUUAGCCGCUGUGGCCUCCAGGCCUGGAGACGGCUGGCUGGAAAGGGAGAACAUACGGGUCACCUUACAAAAAUUAUACAAGGGCAGGGAGAGCCAUUUUCAGACUUUGUGGCCCGCAUGCUUGAGGCCGCUAACAGGAUUUUUCCAGAUGCUGAGGCGGCUCACCCUCUCAUAAAACAAUUGAUUUUUGAACAGUGCACUAAGGAGUGCCGUGAUGUCCUAAGAACUAACAAAAAUAGGUCCUUAGAAGAGUGGACACGCCUGUGCCGUGAAUUGGGUGGCCACGGCCUAACGCCCAAAGGAAGAAUAUCAUUGGCACUCUUUACCAUAAAUUUUUUAAACCUUAAUCAUAAUAAUCAUUCCCCUGCCAUGGAGCACAAUAACCCGUCCCCGGCCGACAAAGGGCUGGUGAGAUGGAAAGAUGUCCUUACAGGACAAUGGAUGGGCCCGGAUCCAGUGGUUAGCUGGACCCGAGGUGCGGUUUGUGUCUUCCCACAGGAACCAGGCUGCGAACCGCUGUGGGUCCCGGAAAGAUUGACGCGAGCAGUAAACUCCCCACCAGUUCCUGAUAAAGCACAGGAGGAUAAGCCCGCGGACACAAGUCAACUCGACCCUUCUGGGACCGACGCUCAGCGCCCGAGACCAUCUACAAACUAAAAUGUCUGGUUUGGAGCCUUUUCUAUUCUGUGGGUUCCUAUUAAUCACCCCUGUCCGCACAAAUUUGACCAACACUGUUAAAAAUAUGACAGCUUGGCUGCAAGACACCUACCUACCUAAGUUUCACAAUUUGUCCCUCAUAGUCGGUCAGGAACUUGACAAUAUGGACGGUAUCCAACUAGGUCCAGUCAGGUUCGAUUUAUCAACUUUAGGCAGUGUUAUAGCCAGUUUGUGGGAAUGCGUCACCUCCUGGUUCUCCUGGCCCAACCUGACUACUUGGAUCCUGAUUGCCGUGGCCUUCCUAGUGGGGUUUGUGGUUAUUAAAUGCUUGUUAGAUCGCAUCAUACAAACUCAGCAGCAGGUUAAGAUCACAGCUAUGGCAGCCAUGCAAAUGGCAGCAGGUGGCCCAUCAGGCCAGCAGGCCGCCGCAUAUCUCCUUCACAUUGCAGAACAUCAGCUAUAAGAGCUGAGUGGGCAAGCCAAUGACGGGCUCCACUCAGAUAUAUAUGGCCUAUAAGGCCAGGGGUCCCUCCCGGAGUCAAAUUAUUGGCAUUGAGAUGCGAGACCAAGGGUACUGCAGUGCCAUCCGCCCCAAAGGUUGGGGGGAAGGCAGGAAUGAAUGUCUAUAUGCAUCCAGGUUCGGUUCACAAAAGCCUGGCCCUGCAAAAAAAUGAACCACUCACCUUGAGCAUGGUCCUGGCGCAAGGAUAUGCACAAAACAGGGUGAUGCACAGCAGGGUAUAGACCUCUACAUUCUCUCAUGCCUCGGCCUACAAGGUAGGCCCACUCCUAGGUGUCUAACAGCAACAAGGUCAUAGACACCUUGGAGGGACCCACAGACCAUCCUAUUUUAAUAAAUAAAAAAGGGGGAGAUGUGGGAAGCCGCCUAUGAUGGCGCCCAUUUCCUGCUUCCGGGUUCUUCCCGGCCUGAACAAGCCCGCCAAAUUGUCAUGUCUGCCCAGUUACCCGUGACGCUAGCCUAUCAGCUUGUUAGGCGCGCUUCUCUGUGAUUGGAUACUGCUUCCCCUUAUAAGAGGUUGUUCCUGCCCCCAACGGGCGGAAGAGGAACCAACGUUGAGGGUGGCGGGCCUUGUCAGGUCCGGUUCGCUGUACGUAAUAAAGUUUGAGAGCUGA